AUUGAAAAAAAACAGCUUGCAUUUAAUGUCUGUUUGUGUGUGCACAGGGUCCUCCAUUUCCUUGUUCUGUAAUUCCUGCUUGUGAAAUAAGUAGUCAUCACGUUAAAUUUGACUGAGUCACUAGGAAAGAGCCCUUAACUUUCUCCAUAAAAUGAUACUUCAUGCAAGGCUUGUUUUCUGGUAGGAAGUGUGUUUGGGAGGACUGGGAGAAACAAGCAGCAACUUAACAUGAUGCUUUCAUUAGAGACUUUUUAUUCUCAAGGUCUUUCAUAGUAUACAUACAGCAUGACAACAGAGGAGGAUCUCAAUCUUAUUUAAGAAGCUUGGUGGCACCAAGCCACCAAAGCUGUGGGAUGCACACCCAAGAAAAGGGAAUAAAUUCCUUCUUGUUUGUUUCUCCUGCUUUUGAUCAGCUUUGGCACAUUCUGAUGAGCAGAAUCACAGAAACACCAAGGUUGGAAAAGACCUACAAGAAGGUCCCUGUGGAGGUAGAAUAUGUCACUGACAACUAUUGCAGAAAGUAAUGGAGUGGCUGCUGGUAAGAAAGAAGUAACAUCUUCACAGGAAACAGAAAUCAAGUAGGCUGAUGGGGGCGACAUCAGUGCUCAGAAAAUGCCAGAGAGCUCCCAAAGUGCACACAUCAGAACAGGGCAAGACUGAGAAGAGUUGAUGCUGGAAGUGGGAGGAGAGAAGGAACGCUUAGCCAAAGCAAGAAGCUAGAGACUGAGUAAGGGAGACCUCCUUGUAGUUUUCUUACUAAGCCCUGCACUGAAAAUAACGAAGGAGUUAAUCAUAAUGCUGAAGCAGAUGCUUAGCUCAGCAAAGUUCCAGGACGACCAGCCAAGAACUUGGUUUAUUGGUAAUCUGUAUUUAUGUAUUAAUGCACAGGCAUUAUAUUUUAUUUGUAUGUGAUUCCACAGGGUAUUUUAAGUAGUGUAAUUAGUUUGCUGUUGAGUAGACAAAUAUGUUAUUCUUUUAUAUAUGGAUAGAUGGUAGGACUAGAAAGAUCUCUUAUGCUCUGUAAUUUCAUUCAAUAAUUUAAUUAUCUAGCUCCAUAGCUCCAGAGCUGGAACUGGAGGUUUUUUCUGGCCUGACAGCUACAGCCUAUUGACUUAACCUUCUGGAAAAACUCUCUAGGCUGGUCUGAUGGAAAGAUCUUAUAUGAAUGGUACAUUUAGCAAUAUUUGACACAGUUCUUCAUUUUUAAGGGUAUUAGAUCCAUUUUUUAUUCAAUUGUUCUGUUGCUAUUGCUGUUGUUUUCCUGAUGACAACACUAUUUGAAAGCUUACUGUUCCAUAUGUGUUAUUUAAUUAAAGCAUAAUAGGAAUGUGGAAUGAUAGAAUGUCUGUAGGACUUUCAGUUGGGUUCUCCCUCCACUCUCUUCAGAAUCAGCUUGUAUGUGAAAUACUCUAUAGGGCUUUGCUGCAGCCACUCAAGAGGGCUCAGAAAGAUGAAUAAUCUCAGAGAAAAGCUGGGGCAUAUUUUACAAAGUUUUGUGAAGUGAAAUGAAGCUGUGAGCUGCAGGAACAAUUGCUGUUUGAUGGUUUGGGCUUUUUGCAAGCUUGAGUGUAUUUACGAAGAGGAAAUCUGUAGAAGAGUAUCCAUUACUAAAUGCAAUUAGUGGGGGAAAAACAACAGCAACUUGCUGUGAUUCUUGUAAAGAGCUUUGCUGAACUCCUGGGAAUAGAAGCUACUGAUGCUUCUGGUUCCAGAACUGUUCUUAAUGGUUUUAUUACUCUAUUCCCUCUUCUACUGAACUUCCCUUGAUUCUAAAAAAAAAUAAAAUCAUCUGCACAUAGAACGAUUGAACGAUAGAACGAACAUAGACAAAUGGAGUGGAGAAGCAAACUCUGAAGUCUUUGCAGCCCAGGCACCUAGGAGGAGGAAUCUCUGGCACCAAAUUCCUGUAGAACAGAGGGAGUUUACUGAGACUGUUUUGCAGAAGACAGGAUUUUUUUGCAACAUUUGUAAGUUCUGUACAUGUAUUUGAAUAGUAUGCUUGCUAGUUAUUUGUAAGCACUCUAUUAUUUAUCUUAAGUUGUGAUUCAGUUAGACAUUGUAAAAAAGUGUUUCCUUGUUUAUCGGAUCAAGCUUUAAUUACCUGGGCUUCAAGAGUUAGGUGGGUUACGUGUUUUUCCAGGAGAUGUAUAUUUCUUUCAAGAAUAUUUCUAUAGAAUUUGAAUGUUGUUUUUUUUUUUUUUCCAAAUUCAAACUGAAAAGGAAAUGCAGCUUUGUCUGCAUUAUCAGAGAUACUGACAGUGGGCAUUAGAAAUAGAAGCACAUGCAGUAACUGAGACAGGUUUGAGUAAAUUGGCAGGAAGACAAGAUUAAGGCUGUUCUGCUUAUUCUAAUAUUAUAGAUAUUCUGUGUAAAUUACAUGAUUCCAUUUUGCAUAGCCAUCUCCCUGAUGCUUUUGGCUUGAUUCACGUUGAUUUAAGUGAGACUAAAGUUAAAAAUCAUACAUGUCUGUAUUCCUACCUUAUUUUUUUCCUUUUUUUUUAUAAAAGUAUGUUUGUAACUUUUUACUUACUGUGCUUGUUCUUCUGUACUUCUGGUAUCAUGUUCCAAGGGAGAAUGUUUUUCUAUAGAGAACUUCUUACUUACAGAACAGUUAACAAAAAACGGUUAUUCUUUCAGGGUGAUUGGACACAGGGACACAGAAAACUUGAAAGGCUGCAUGUUCAUCAUGUCUUCCAUUCUUGAGAAGAUGAAGAAAUUUGGCAGUUCUGACAUAGAAGAAUCUGAAGUGACAGAUGAACACACGGAUGGGGAAGACUCUGCACUGGAAGCACCUGACAACCUGCAGGGUACAUUCAGCAGCAAGGUGCAGCCAUCCAGAAGCAAUAUCUUUGCGAGACGUGGACGAUUUGUGAUGGGGGAUAGUGACAAAGACAUGGCUCCAAUGGAUUCCUUUUACCAGAUGGAUCACCUGAUGGCACCUUCUGUCAUCAAAUUUCAUGCCAAUAUGGAGAGGGGGAAACUUCACAAGCUCCUGUCAACAGAUUCCAUCACAGGCUGCUCUGAAAAAGCUUUCAAAUUUUAUGACCGCAGAAGGAUCUUUGAUGCUGUAGCCCAAGGCAACACAAAGGACCUGGAUGAUCUGCUGCUCUAUCUUAAUAGGACCUUGAAGCAUCUCACAGAUGAUGAAUUCAAAGAACCAGAAACUGGGAAAACCUGCUUACUGAAAGCCAUGCUGAAUCUACAUGAUGGGAAAAAUGAUACCAUUCCCUUGCUGCUGGAUAUUGCAAAGAAAACGGGAACUCUGAAAGAGUUUGUGAAUGCAGAAUAUACUGACAACUACUACAAGGGCCAGACUGCACUCCACAUUGCCAUUGAGAGAAGGAACAUGUACCUGGUUAAACUCUUGGUCCAGAAUGGAGCAGAUGUUCAUGCAAGAGCAUGUGGGGAGUUCUUCAGGAAAAUCAAAGGGAAACCUGGUUUUUAUUUUGGAGAGCUGCCCCUGUCUCUGGCUGCCUGCACCAAUCAGCUCUGCAUUGUGAAAUUCCUCCUUGAGAACCCCUACCAGGCUGCUGAUAUUGCUGCUGAGGACUCCAUGGGCAAUAUGGUCCUGCAUACUCUGGUGGAGAUUGCAGAUAACACUAAGGAUAAUACCAAGUUUGUUACCAAGAUGUACAAUAACAUAUUGAUCCUUGGUGCCAAAAUAAAUCCUAUCCUGAAGUUGGAAGAACUCACCAACAAAAAAGGGCUGACUCCAUUAACACUGGCAGCCAAAACAGGGAAGAUAGGGAUUUUCGCUUACAUCCUCAGACGAGAGAUCAAAGAUCCUGAGUGCAGACACUUGUCAAGGAAGUUCACUGAAUGGGCUUAUGGACCUGUCCACUCAUCUCUUUAUGACCUGUCCUGCAUAGACACAUGUGAGAAAAAUUCAGUGCUUGAAAUUAUUGCCUACAGUAGUGAAACACCAAAUCGUCACGAGAUGCUGCUGGUAGAACCCCUUAACAGGCUGCUGCAAGACAAGUGGGACCGGUUUGUCAAGCACUUAUUUUACUUCAACUUCUUUGUAUAUGCAAUUCAUAUCAGCAUCCUGACCAUGGCUGCCUACUACAGACCUGUGCAGAAGGGGGAAAAUCCUCCCUUUACUUUUGGUCACAGCACUGGGGAAUAUUUUCGAGUGACUGGAGAGAUACUGAGCGUAUUGGGAGGACUGUAUUUUUUUUUCAGAGGGAUACAGUAUUUUGUGCAGAGGCGCCCAUCAUUGAAGACACUGAUAGUUGACAGUUACAGUGAAGUUCUUUUCUUUGUUCACUCUUUGCUCCUCCUGAGCUCUGUGGUGCUGUACUUCUGUGGCCAGGAACUGUAUGUGGCUUCCAUGGUCUUCUCCUUGGCUCUGGGCUGGGCUAACAUGCUAUACUACACCCGUGGCUUCCAGCAGAUGGGCAUUUACUCUGUCAUGAUUGCAAAGAUGAUCCUAAGAGACUUAUGUCGCUUCAUGUUUGUCUAUCUAGUAUUCCUCUUGGGAUUUUCCACAGCUGUGGUGACUUUAAUUGAAGAUGACAAUGAGGGGCAGGACACAAAUAGCUCUGAAUAUGCCCGAUGCAGCCAUACAAAGCGAGGCCGCACAUCCUAUAACAGUCUGUAUUAUACCUGCUUGGAACUUUUCAAGUUCACUAUUGGGAUGGGAGACCUGGAGUUUACAGAGAACUACAGGUUCAAGUCUGUGUUUGUCAUCCUUCUGGUUCUCUAUGUCAUCCUUACGUACAUCCUCCUGCUCAAUAUGCUUAUUGCACUGAUGGGAGAAACUGUGAGCAAAAUUGCACAGGAGAGCAAGAGCAUCUGGAAACUCCAGAGAGCCAUCACAAUCUUGGAUAUUGAAAACAGCUACUUGAACUGUUUGAGGCGCUCGUUCCGAUCUGGAAAGCAAGUCUUAGUGGGGAUCACACCUGAUGGCCAAGAUGAUUACAGAUGGUGCUUUAGAGUUGAUGAAGUGAACUGGUCCACGUGGAAUACUAAUUUGGGCAUAAUCAACGAAGAUCCUGGGUGCUCUGGGGACCUCAAACGAAAUCCCAGUUACUCUAUUAAGCCUGGUAGAGUUUCAGGGAAAAACUGGAAAACUUUGGUUCCACUUUUAAGAGAUGGAAGCAGGAGAGAGGAAACACAAAAACUUCCAGAAGAAAUCAAACUAAAACCUAUUUUGGAACCUUAUUAUGAGCCAGAGGAUUGUGAGACGUUGAAGGAAUCACUUCCAAAGUCAGUCUGAUUUUCUU